UGGUCGUUGCUGGUCAUCAGCAGCUAAACACGGAUCUUUUGGUGUGUUCUCUAUGGCAAUGAAAAAGCGUUGUGUUAUUUGACUACUGAUAACGAUAGGUCCAAGCCCACUCUCGCUGGACAUCAAUAGAAACCAACUUUGCUGAGACGCAAUAUGUAUGUUUCUGUUCCAUUCCAUCUUGCCUCGCGACAUUGAUGAUUGGGUCGAAGGACAUUUUACUUCUUACGGAAGCCGGUUCACAGGUCAUCAAGGUCCUAGAUGAAUCGAACAAACGCAACCUGGUUCUUGCAGAAGAACAAGCCGAUGCAUCACGAACUGCCAUUCAACUCGUCGAAUCCCUACACCGGAUAUCGAUAGAGACAGACGACGAGCUCCAUAGAAUGGAUUCUUCGAUGGUGUCACUUCAUCAGAGUCUUCUCCGCGAACAACACUGGGCUAGGGCGGGCCUUGUUAGAUUUCUCGAGAUCUUUUUGCGAGGUAUUGCAUGCUCUCCUGUGGCAGUUCCCGAGCUAACCGGCGUGUAUGAAGUCGAUGCUGAAUAUCUAGGCUUUCUUGACAGGAUUUAUGUUUUCUGAAUAUUGUUCCUGCUCUCUGGUUUGGGCACUCAUCUCUUUCACGGCAUUGCGUCCUCGUUCAUGGUUUAUCUUGACAAGCGCCUAAAACGACGUUCUGAUAUGUUAUCUUAAA